UAGAUGUGCUUCGCUCCUCGACUUCCGCUUCAGGUUUUGUCUGCUGAAACUGCUGCCAAAUCUACCCGUAUUUCUUUUUUUCCGGCGUACCCAGCAUAAAGGUACCGCAAACCUUUUCACUUUUAACAUGAAUCUGAUCAAUCGUACCACGGCCACCGGCUUGUUCUGCCCCGGCAUUAAAAAUGGCGUGAAGCAGAACGGCUUCUACAGCUUUGUAUCGGCGUCUCUGCCCGUAGCCCCGCUCAAAGCGAAAAGCGAAGAGGAGCUGGACAGUCUGGAUGAAGGCGAACGUUUUCAUGGAGCGCCGAAAACAGAGAGGCGUGAUUGCGAACACCACUUACGGGCGUCGGGCAACGAAGACGGGUCUUUGCCGUCCACGCCGGGGACGCCGCCGGACUGCGGGAAAAUGCUGACGUUUCCCAACAGGGGGCUCAGCCAGGAGACUCAUGAGCUUAUCGGGACCUUCUUACGGACUUACAGCGGCCUCCCGGCCUCGGCCAGCCGACACAAAGCGUACCCUGUCCUCAGACGAGUGGCGGAGACUGUCAUAGGAAAGCACUUGAUCGCGUACAAUGGCAUGAUUAAAAAACUAGAACUGGAUAAGCGUGGGGACGACACAAGUUUCGUCACGAAGGUGGCCGAGGAAAUCUUCAGUGACAAGGUCACCAACUGGGGUCGCAUCGCCAGCCUGAUAGCGUUUGGGGGUGUCGUGUGCAAGUACCUGAAAGAUCACGGACAGACCAACUGCGUGGAUGAUGUGGCAAGCCGGAUCAGCUGCUACCUGCUGGAACACCAGAGGGACUGGCUAAACCGUAACAAUGGCUGGGAGGGAUUUACAGACUUCUUCUAUAUGGAAGACCCAGAGUCCACUGUGCGUAAUGCUCUUGUGGCAUUUGCAGGAGUUGCAAGCCUGGGGGCUGGACUUGCUCUGUUGAUGAGGUGAUUUCAAUUAUUUAUCAGAGGAACAGUCAGAAAACAGCUAGUCUGAGCCCCGGGUCAUGCACAGUCCAAGGUUGGAUGCAAGACUCAGCAGGUGGACUGUCAUGCCGGGGGGAGACGCAGGCUUGGAGUAGAAGCAGCAGUAAGAGCAGUCUUGGAGAGGUUUUUUUUUCUUCUCUCCUCCCCCCAUUUGGUCUUCACAUGUUUGAGUGCCGUCACCUGCUGACAAUGAAUCUGCAGUCCUGCAAACACAUUAACUGUAUAUGUUAUAACCCACUUUUUUUUCUGGAAGUGAGACUUGGUCUGUUUUUUCCGGAAAAUUGUGUGUGACAAUGUAGAUUACCAAAUCUAUUUUUCUAUAAAAUUUAUUAAAGUAUCGAGUAUUUAAAACUGC